AUGCGAGUGCUGCUGGAGGAGACCGGGGAGAUGUUCCAAGUGACAAACUGCCGCAGCGACAUGACGGUGCGGGAGCUCAAGGAGGAGCUGGACCUCACCGCCGGCAUCCCCUUGGACCUGCAGCGGCUCCAGUACCUGGACCAAGGAAUUUGGAUGGAUGAUACUACGUUGCAGUUCCAUGAUGUUGUUCCUGGUGGAAUUAUUUCAUUAUGUGUCUGGCGCCAUGAUGGAUGGACGGAACUGGUUUUGGCGGCUGUGGAAGGGGAUCCCAGUAAGAAAAGCUAUUUUCUCUCUUCAAAACACCAACAGGAAGAACUUCCUGCCUCCCGAGCCUGCCCGAUGCUCUCCUGCCUCGGUGUCGACGAAGAUUCUCUUUACCAAACUGCAAAUUCGCAGCGUUUGGAGCACAAGCAGCGGAAGGCCUGGAUCGCUCACAGAGUGUUCGUGGCCUUGUAUGUUACCUCUCACAGAGGCCACUCGGACGCCGUGCAGUACCUUCUAGAACAUGGGGCCAGCUGUCUCAGCAGAAGCCCCAUGGGCAGGACAGCCCUGCACGCGGCCGCAGCCAUGGGCCGUCUGGACUGUAUCAACCACCUGCUGAACUAUGGAGCCUCCAUCAAUGAAAAAGAUGCCAGGGGGGAGACCCCCAUGUCCCUCGCCCGGCGCCUGAACCACAGGCACAGUGAGCAGCGCAUGUUCUUCUUCUACUGGAUGGCGAAGUCAGGGACAACAGACCCAAAGAACUUGACCGAGAACAAGGUUCUUCUCAGGGCAAAGUCUAAGUCAGGCUCCAAGAAGAGCCAAGUUUGA